AUGUUAUCCUCAAAUUCCUUCACGCUUUUUUCAAUACUCAUUCUCUCCUCCUCCUUCAGUCUCACUACUGAGGCACAAUCAGCCGGUUACCCCGCGUUCGUAGGGUGCGUAGACGAUCAAUAUUAUCCUGAUGAUAGUUUCGACGUUGGUCAGUUCGAUGAUCCUAUAAGUUGUGCUCAAGCAUGCUUUGGACAACCAGAACAAUUCAUCUAUUCGACAUGGACAUUAGUUCCCCAAGAUAUCAACCGGUGUUAUUGUUCGAAUACUUUUCCAGAGAGUAAUUUGGUCCAAGCAGGGAGUGAUUCGGAGGGAUCAUGUGAUGCCGAAACUCAAUCUUAUAUCCACAUUACAUCCUCUACCUUUGACUUAGUAGGCUGUCGAUCCACCCAAUCAUCCUCUUUCCAAGUGAUAGUCUCCUCCCCUCAACAAUGCCUCGCAUCAUGUAUCAACACAGGCUAUGCUUUCCUCUCCCCCCAAGGCGACGGUUAUCACUGUUCGUGCGGAGAAAGUAUGGACGUCGGUCCACAGAGCGUCAAUUGUGGUCCAGACGUUUGGUCGACUUUCCAACAUACCUCUGGGGAUUUUGUGGCUAAUGCCCCGAGCGGGUUCGUAAAGAGACAAAAGCAACUACGAAAGAAGAGAUUGAGCCAGGAGAAAUACGAGUAUUGUCCUGCAGGAUUGAAAGCCUGUAAAGUUCCGGGGGAUGAGCUGGCAUUUGAGUGUCUGAAUGUCAAUACUGAGCUAGAAUCCUGUGGUGGUUGUCUAUACGGUGAUUACGGUGUUGGACUUAACGCACCAGGCGGAUCUUACGGAGUAGACUGCACUUCCUUACCAGGAGUAGCGAUGGGAGCUAUAACAUGUACAUCAGGACAAUGUACUGCGUUUGCAUGUGAAGAAGGAUACGAACUUACCAGGGAGAAUUCAACCUGUGUAUCUCUCUUUUGA